GACAAGGAACCAAACGUUGCUAAGCGCGGGUGGUCCCGCCUCUUAGAUAGAGCUGAGGUUCUGAUUGGUAAAGUCUUCAAAAAGACGACUUUCUAUUGGCUCACAUGUGUAUUUGUUUCUCCUGAAGAUACACAGUCGAAAUGAAUAGUGCAAAUUGCUGUCUGUUGCGAAAUAUAAAAGAUAGUGAAAGGAAUUUGAAAUCAUAAUGGGUAUACAUUUUGCAGUAGAUACAAAAGACAUCGCCAACUUAAUGUUGAAGUCAUGUCACUCCUGUAGAUGGCGGUAGUAUUGCGACGUCGUGGAUGUUAGCUGCUGUAAAAGCUCACAGAAGAAGAACCGUUGCCGGUGUUAUGGACCUUGGUGAAUGAUUCGGAGCUGGGUGCUGCAUCGAUGGUGCCUCUGAUUUUAUAUUUAAAAUGAUGGACGGGACAAAAGACAGCGUAGCGUUCAAAAGUGUUGCUGAAAGACUAACACUCGGCAUUACUCGAAUCCUUGAGAACAUGCCUGGUGUUGUUGAUGUGCGUCUCGCAGAGAAAGAGCCUGCGGAGAAAAGGAGUCUGCUGUCGUGGGAACAGAAAAACAAUUGUAUUUUACCAGAGGACCUGCGAGAUUUUUAUCUGACAACAGAUGGCUUUACACUAACUUGGAACGUUAAACUUGACAAUGAAUGUGUCCCAUUAGGAUUGAUGACAAUUCACAGUGUAGGCAAGUUACGGCCUCUCGUCCAGCCAACAUCACUUUUCUCUCUCCCAAAUGCACCUUCUCUGGCUGACGUGGACUGGGAGGAGAGCAGCUCUGAAUGCGUGUUUGAGAACGGUCCUCCUCCUCCUCCACAUUUUGAUUCCCGGAGCUGCAUCUUUGAGUUGGAUUCCUGUGGCGGGAAUGGCAAGGUGUGCUUGGUGUACAAAAACUCCACCCCAGGUGUGGUAGCACAGCAGAGUGAAAUUUGGUUCCUGGACCGUGCUCUGUGCUGGCAUUUCCUAACCGCGACCUUCUCCUCCUACUACCGCCUGAUGAUCACGCAUCUGGGACUGCCUGAGUGGCAGUAUUCUUUUACACCUUAUGGCCCCAGCCCUCACGCCAAGCAGUGGGCAUCACUGUACCAGCCGCUGACUUUCAGAAAUGAUCUCAGCCUGAGUGAUGUCGGAGACUCCCACCUGAACAAGCUCGACCCCACUAAGGCCUUUAAAACCAAAGCCAAGGUACCCACCCCGAAAAAGAAGCCAUCGGCACCGUGCAGCCUAGCGAGCAAUACUAAAAGCCAAAGCAGCGGAGCGAAACCCAGCGCAGUAAAGCGAUGAAACUGGUUCUUUUGUGCACGCUAAACAAUCACAGCUGUACUGUAUCGUCGCAGUAUUUAACCACUACAUAUUAGUAGUGAGAAUCCAUGCUCACGGCUUCUUUUUGCAGCUCACAAGCGGCGGCACCUCUGGUAAAAAAAAAAAACUAUCAGCAGCAUAUAAGUGAUAUCUGCAUUUUUUUUGUACUGCUUAUGUAGUUGUAUGACGAGGCUUGAUUAUGGUCAUUGUAAAUAUUUAAUUUUGGAACAUAUCAUAUAAAUAAUGACAUAGAACGCAGUAAUUUGAAGAAGAUAACUGCAUAAAUAAGAACAAAAUAAUCCUGCAGGAAAAAUAGUUUACACUGAGGAGUGUGUUUUUAACCAUUUGAACUUAGAAAGGUAGAACAGUACAGGAAACAAGUGGAUUUACAAGUGACUGUAUGUAAGUCCAUCGAGAAAGUCAGCAAGGUAUGUUUCUCAAAUAAAUGGCUCAGCAUGCUCGAUCAGUUUAGGCUCAAGUAUUUUCCAAGUAGUUCCAACACCUAGGUCACAUUUGCACAUUUUUGCCAGUAGACUUGUUUUUAUGAAUGUAUGGCACCUUAUUCCUCAAUAUAAUAUGAAUAUACUACUGAAGCUUAUGUAAGAGGUAUGUUUAUGCUUGUGAUAUUCAGUCAGACCAGUUCAGUUUUUACACCAGCAUUAAAACACUGCAACCUCUGUUGGUGAAAACAUCUGUUUCGGGUAUCAGCUUGUUAGCCGAGCCAACAUUUCCCUCCUGUGUGUAAACAGGAUGGUGAGAAUUUGCAUAUAAUAGUAAGUAGCCCUUUCUAUUUUAAGUGAUGCCGGUUUUAUAAAUUGUUAGUGUAAGAUAUUUGAGAUGUUUUUUGUUUGAUUUUCACAGUAAAUUUGGAAUGUUUCAACUGUAGACGUGCGAUUCACGUUCAUAUUUGAGGGGUCUCACACACAUACGUCAUUGUCGAUGUUUUGUUUUUCCAGCGAUGCAGUCUCCUCUUCUAACUUUUCAACACUAGUGCAUGUUUGAAAGACUGGAGGGUGGUGGAGUUCCACCAAGAGUUUGUAAAUCCCCGCACCCAGCACACCUCCAAUUGUUGGGGCAACAAUAGGCACCCACCACCAACCAUUUCCUGACCUGUACACAGCAUACAAAACACUAGUAAGCCAUCAAAGAAAUAUGUUUUGCAUAUUUGUUUCUUAGUGUCAAUACCUGAACACAUCAGGCCCCCAGCCUGCAAUGGCAGUGAAUAACCUCGGUCCGAUGUCUCUGGUGGGGUUGAUCGCGUAUCCGCUGUUGCUUCCCAAAGAAAUGCCGAUGAGUAGCACCAAGACACCCACGAUGGCAGGCUCGCUGGAUGUUGCUGCUGGUUUGUUUUUCUGGUCUGACAAAGCCAUCAGACACAACAGCAGCAUUGCUGUACCAAAAACCUGC